CUGCGCUACCAGAACCUGGAGAACGAUGAGGAAGGAGCCCAGGUGUCUCCGGAGCCAGAUGGGGGAGUCAACACCAGGGAUUCUGGCCGGACAUCCUCCGUCCGCAGCUCCCAGUGGUCCUUUAGUACCAUCAGCAACAGCACCCAGCGCUCCUACAAUGCCUGCUGCAGCUGGACUCAGCACCCUUUGAUCCAGAAGAACCGCAAGGUAGUGCUGGCCUCCUUCCUGCUGCUGCUGCUGGGGUUGGUGCUGAUCCUGGUCGGCGUGGGACUGGAGGUGGCCCCCUCACCAGGUGUCUCCAGCGCCAUCUUCUUCGUGCCAGGCUUCCUGUUGCUGGUCCCGGGAGUCUACCACGUGAUCUUCAUUUACUGCGCGGUCAAGGGCCACCGGGGUUUCCAGUUCUUCUACCUGCCCUACUUUGAGAAGUGAGCCGCCCAUGGACAGCCGGACAGCAGGAAUCCACGUCGGCCCCGGCGGCCUCCUCUCGUCCCCAGGGGGCGCUCUCGGCCAUUGUCCAGUCCGGAGUUUGCUCAGGAAGUUUGGGGUCUGCCGACCCUGCGCCCAUUACCUGGGCCUGGCAAGUCGCCCUUUGCCUGCUCUGUGCCUUAACUUAUCCUCGGGCCCUGGGACUACUGAGUGGUGGUGUUGUACGCUAAUAAAAGGGGUGCUUCUAUCCAGCAAA